AUGGCUCUCACUGCAGAUCACCUAUUCGAACCUGUUGCCGCCACUACUUGCUUCCACUGUGAAGCGUGGAAGAAGAAGUGUUCGAAGCUUCAAGAAUCACGAAACGCUCUUCGCCAAGCUAUGAAGCUUCUAGAAACCAAAAUCAAUGAACUUCAGGCUCAAAAUGUGAAGCUCAGCCAAGAAUGUGAAGAAGAACGGGCGCGAGCCAAAGCAGACGCUGAGAAGAAGCUUAAAGAAUGUAAUGCUAGAGUAUCUUUAGAGAAUGUAGUAUGUAGCUUGAGGUCUGAAAUUGAUGCGAUUCGGCAGAAACCUGGUGGUGAUGCUAAGAAUGGAAAUGAGAGCAUAGAGGGUUUUCAAGCUUGUAUAGCUGAUAAGGAAAGGAAAUCAGUAGGUUGAAGGAGCUCCUGGAGGCAGAGAAGAAAAAGGCGGAUAAGGAGAAGAAAAACUUGGAGAAGGAGAGAAAGAAAGCAGCUGAAGCUUUGAAGGCAGUAGAAGCGGAGAAGAGCAAAACUGCAGAAAAAGAGAUGCAAAUUGCCAAAAUUGAAGCAGAGAAGGUUGAGGAGUAUAGGACUCGGAUUGUUCGAUUGGAGAAAGAAGCUAAUGAGGCAAAAACAAAGCUGGCUCAUAAAUGUG